AUGGCUGCCAGUGUCCCAAAAAUUGACGGGUUGAAAUCUUUGGGUAAUCCUUUGGAGGAUGCUAAAAGAGCUGCAGCAUACAGAGCAGUUGAUGAAAAUUUGAAAUUUGAUGAUCACAAAAUCAUUGGAAUUGGUAGUGGUAGUACGGUAGUCUACGUCGCCGAAAGAAUAGGGCAAUAUUUGCAUGAUACUAAUUUUUGUGAAGUAACGUCUAAAUUCAUUUGCAUUCCAACAGGAUUUCAAUCUAGGAACUUGAUCUUGGAUAACAAACUGCAACUAGGCUCCAUUGAACAGUAUCCUCGUAUUGAUAUAGCUUUUGAUGGUGCUGAUGAAGUGGAUGAGAAUUUACAAUUGAUUAAAGGUGGUGGUGCUUGUUUAUUUCAAGAAAAAUUGGUCAGCACUAGUGCUAAAACCUUCAUUAUUGUUGCGGAUUCAAGAAAAAAGUCGCCAAAACAUUUAGGUAGGAACUGGAAGCAAGGUGUUCCCAUUGAAAUCGUACCUUCCUCAUAUGUGAGAGUCAAGAAUGACCUAUUGGAACAAUUGCAUGCCAAAAAAGUUGACAUCAGACAGGGAGGUUCUGCUAAAGCAGGUCCUGUCGUAACUGACAAUAACAACUUCAUUAUCGAUGCGGAUUUCGGUGAAAUUUCCGAUCCAAGAAAAUUGCAUAGAGAAAUAAAAUUGUUAGUCGGCGUAGUGGAAACGGGUUUAUUCAUCGACAAUGCUUCAAAAGCUUAUUUCGGUAAUUCUGAUGGCAGUGUUGAAGUUAUGGAAAAGUGA